AAACAGCUCAAAGUCACGCACAACGGAGAUUGAACCGCCGAUCUUAACAGAGUUUGAUUCGAUCGGAGACGAGAGCGAAAGGGAAGGGUGGAGGAGAAACCUGGCGGAAGCGCUAGCCGGGGAAGAUUGACAGAGAAGGAUCCUGAGCUCUUUGAGAGACUUCGAUAUGUUUCCUCUCCACGCCAUUGCUCCUCUCUCGAUGGCUCAGGUACACUAAUCUGUUAAGGUACAUGCUUAACUAGCUUCUGUGAAGUCAAGGCCCAAUUCCUGGCCCACACAAGUCCAGCAAGACGUGCAACAAAAGGAAUAAUCACGUUAGUUUCCUUUUCACAUUCAACAAGAGAUAAAGCGUUGGGUACAAUCAGGAAUAGGAAAUCUAAUGACGGUGGCUGGAGUUAUAAAUAGAGAGGUAGUCAAGGGCUUUAAGGAUCAUCCAAUAACGAGCAAGAGAGAAAGAUCAAAGAGCAAUAUUAAACAGGCUUCGUUUACUUAUUAAACUUGUGAUCUCUAAUAGUUGUUAUUGUGCGACUCUUUUGCAUUCUUGAAUAAAAGACACGUUUUGAUUCACUGUUAUUCUAAAGCACAAGUUAGAUUCAAAUCCUAACAGGUCCCUGUUUCGUCUCACAAUGGGAGACAAUCACAACGACGAUAAGAGCAUUGAGAUUUGGAAGAUGAAGAAGCUGAUCAAGUCCCUUGAAGCUGCUAAAGGGAAUGGAACCAGCAUGAUCUCACUCAUCAUGCCUCCACGCGAUCACAUCUCUCGUGCCACCAAGUUGUUGUGCGAUGAGUACGGAACCGCCUCAAACAUCAAGAGCAGAGUCAACCGCCUCUCUGUCUUGGGAGCCAUUACUUCUGCACAGCAAAGGCUGAAGCUUUACAACAGGGUCCCUCCCAAUGGUCUCGUCCUCUACACUGGCACCAUUGUCAACGAAGAAGGCAAGGAGAAGAAGGUUACUAUUGACUUUGAGCCUUUCAGGCCCAUCAACAACACUCUCUACCUCUGUGACAACAAGUUCCACACCGAGGCUAUUAAUGAGUUGCUGGAGUCACAUGAUAAGUUUGGUUUCAUUGUAAUGGACGGGAAGGGGACACUCUUUGGAACUCUGAGUGGUUGCACCAGUGACGUGCUUCACAAGUUUACUGUCGAUCUUCCGAAGAAUCACGGAAGAGGGGGACAAUCAGCUCUUAGGUUUCACCGUCUCGGUAAGGAGAAACGUCACAACUACUUGAGGAAAACAGCUGAGCUCGCCACACAGUAUUACAUCAGCCCUUCAACGAAUCAGCCUAAUGUGUCUGGUCUGAUACUUGCCGGUUCAGCUGAUUUCAAGACCAAGCUAAGCCAGUCAGAUAUGUUUGAUCCCCGGCUUAGGGCCAAGAUACUAAACGUGGUGGAGGUUCAGCACGGAGGAGAUAUUGGUUUCAAUGAAGCUAUCAAGAAGUCAUCUGAGAUCCUUUUGAUAGGGAAGUACUUUAACGAGGUAAACCAGGGAACGGGGAAGUAUGUGGUUGGCGUGGAGGACACGUUAAACGCUUUCGACUCUGGUGCCGUUGAGACACUGAUCGUGUGGGAGAAUCUUGACAUCUACAGAUACGUGUUGAAGAACAGCGUGACUGGUGAGACUGUGAUAAAGCAUUUGAACAAGGAAGAGGAAGUCAAUAGUGACUUUUCCGUGGAGGACAAGGUGUUGUUGCUGGAGUGGCUGGCUAACGAGUACAAGCGUUUCGGCUGUGCGUUGGAGUUUGUAACCAACAAGUCGCAGGAAGGGGAUACGUUUUGCAAAGGGCUUGGAGGAGUUGGAGGGAUACUUCGUUACCAGCUUGAUGUUGCUGACUUUGAUGAAGAAGAGGAUUUGGAUGUUAGUGAUGAUGAUGAGUCUGAGUAGCAAUCAAUGGAAUCAUCACCUUCUCUGGUUCAGGAAGAUGGCACACCACCAAGGCUGAACCAGCCUGCGCGGGUUAGCGGGGUCACGCAGAAGAUAACUCGAAAUUAAAUGAAGAAAGCAUCUUUUAGCCAAGGUGGAGAGUGAAACAGUUGGAGAAUGAGCAAGCUUUGCUAUGGUUGUGUUAGCCUUGGUCGUGUCGUGUGUCUGCGACAUCUAUGGAGUUUUUAUUUUGUUUUUUUUUAAUCUCAGUAUUAUAAUAACAUUCUCUCUUUGUGAGAGAGGAAACCAUGUGGUGGGUAGUUUUUUUUUGUUUUUCCUAAAUAAUUCACUCUAUGACAGAAACUCUUAUUGAUUCGGUGUCCUGUUUUUCCUUUUAUUGCAAUGGAUGUUUUGUGACUUUGGUUGAUGAAUAAGUUUGCUUUAAGCCCAACAAAUGUGACUAAGCUGCAUCACUUUUCGAAAUAUCAGGUAUCUUUCCACUACUUCGUCUCAAAGUCUCAGACACACGCUUAACUAUGAAUUUAUAGGAUAACUUACCGAAAAAUAAGCACACUUAACCAAACCAAUUCAAUUAAAAUAACACAUA